AUGGAGUACCCCAGAUACAGGGCGGGUUACGAGAACGUUGAGGAAGGGCAGGCUAAGUGGGCUCUGUCGGUCAUCGGAAAGAUCGCGGACGCGAUCGAUGCGCCGACGCACACCGUCACGCUUGCGGCCAUGACCCUCGGAGUGGCCGGCGGCGUGCCGGGAUUCAUGGACGGGCUGACCAAUGAACAGAUCUGCCUUCUCCCCGCGGCGUGCGUGGGGGACUCCAUCUGUCGACUGCUAGAAUCUGGGACGGAGGAGAGCCCCGCCUGUGACUUCAACACGGUGACAGACGCGAUGCUGGCUAUCACGAAGACCUCGUCGGAGGGCAGGGGUGACGGCGGUAGCGACAUAUUUGGCGAGACAAGCGAUGAAGACGCAAAGACUCAGCUGUUCGCUCUCGUCGUCCUCCUGAACAACGCCUUGCCGGAAGGCCUCUCCUGCCCGGAGUCCCUGCACUUCAUACGCAUCCUCGCCGACCAGUCAGGCCUCUGCGGCACCCGCACCGACCAAGAGCUCGAGGACUUUUUCGACCAGAACCGACAAGCGCGUUCGUACCGCGGUCUUGAACAGCUUGCUCCGCACGCUUUCGCCGUCGGACAUAGCGCGCGGCGCCUUCUUUGA